GCUACUACAGUGUAAAUACUGAAAUAGCAGUACGAUUUAAUUUAGAAGCAGUUUUUAUUUUUAUACAAAACAAUUCAACAACAUAAAACGAAAAGAUUUUGUUUUGAAGUACGGUUCUCAAAGGCACGUUAAACAAAUUAAAUUUUGAAUAAUGCAGAAAAGGAAAGAAUGAGUGAAUGUAGCAAAAUGUAAUUUAUGAAUCGAAAACUCGAGUCGAACACGUGCUGCGUCUGCUGUGACAGUAUUGGCAAAAUAAUCGGUAUAUUCGGUUAAUUGUCUAACACAAGUCUUGGAGAUGCCGAAACGUGCUUGUCCCUACGAUGGUGAUCUGUUGCCGCAGAUCAAGGUACACGUAGGACAGAAGGAGGUAAAUAACGGCGUGUCCAGCGACGAACGGAUGAAGGAUGUUUAUGAUAGAACUCUAAACAUGCUUAAGGCAGGCGUAAAGGCACUCUCCCAUAGAUUAAACACCUCAACGCAAAUGGAUCUGGAUCUCGCACUGCCUCAAUCACCGUUAUUCAGUAAAUCUAAGACCACAUCCAACCUAAAGCAGAUGUUAUUGACUGACAAAUUGCAACUGAAAGCUAGCAAUAAGAUUAUUAAUGAUACGAGAACGGAACUCUGUGGGUGCUGCCGAAUAAUAGAUCAAUCAGCAAUAAGCAAAUGUUAUUACUGCGAUCAGACGUUGUGUUCUUCCUGUUUGUCUGCAUGCGUUCACUGCUCGGAAUUGUUUUGCCAAAAUUGUUCUCUACCUGUAUAUAAUCGCGAGGAACAAAAUAUGUGCCUGAAUUGUUACCGAUAACUAUGAAUGAGAAGAGAAAAUGUUAUAUCAUGUGAAAACUUUAUGAUCGUGAAGCUAUUAUGUAUGUCAAUGAUUUUUUAUGCGCGCGUAUUAUUUAUUAUUAAAAUUAUUUGUACAUUUAAUAAUAUAGAAUUUGAGAAUAUAUUUUACUAAUCAGUAUUUAAAAGUCUAAGUUCAGCAAAAGCAAAAUGUUACAAAACACUCCAUGUUACGAGUGCUAUUUUACAUUUUUGUGCAACACUUAACAUCUCAAUAUAUUUCCAGAAGAAUUAACAAAGAUUUAAAAUUAAAGUAUUAAACAUAUUUAAAAUAUGGAAAAA